AUGGCCAAGACUUUCGCCACAGGGCUGCCAAUCCCCCAACCUCACCCAAAAUUGCCUAAAAAUGUUAUGGAUAUGUUUUCGCUCAAAGGUAAAGUCGCGUGUAUUACAGGAGCAUCUUCUGGUAUAGGUGGGGCCGUGGCAGAGGCCUUCGCUCAGGCCGGUGCAGAUAUUGCGGUGUGCUAUAACUCAAACGAUGGCUUAAUUCAAACUGCCAAGGAACUCGCAGAAACCUACAAGGUGAAGGCAGUCGCUUACAAGUGUCCUAUGACUGACGAGCAAAAAGUUCAAGACACCAUCGAGCAGGUGCUUCGGGACUUUGGAGGCAAGAUUGACGUUUUUGUAGCCAACGCAGGUGUUCCCUGGACGGAGGGUCCGCUGUUGGAAGCACAAGAGCGCGGAGUCGCUUCGAAAGAGUGGGAAAGAACCCUUCAGACUGACUUCCAAGGAGUUUACUAUUGUAGCAAGUACGUGGGGUCUGUUUUCAAGAAGCAGGGCCACGGUUCUUUGGUGAUUACAGCGUCCAUGUCUGGCCAUGUUGUUAAUGUUCCACAAUUGCAGACAUGUUACAAUGCAGUGAAAGCCGGCGUGAUUCACAUGGCCAAAUCCCUCGCCGUAGAGUGGGCUGGCUUUGCUCGUGUGAACUCUAUUUCUCCAGGUUACAUUGUAACCCCAAUCAGCAGUUUCACCGUUGAAGCCACCAGGCAGAGAUGGUUGGAGUUGACACCCCUUGGCAGAGAGGGUUUGCCAGAAGAAUUGGUCGGGGCCUACCUGUAUCUCGCUUCGGACGCUUCUACUUACACAACGGGUACUGAUAUCAUAGUUGAUGGAGGUUAUUGCUGUAUGUGA